GUCUGGUGUCCAAAGUCUAUUAGGUUACAACAAAUUAUUUGAUAAAUUUAACAAUUUGUCUGUCAUUGAUAAAUGCUACGAUUUCGAGUUACACUAAAAUCUGUUUGCGCCUGUUGUCGAAGAAUGUGUUUUCGGGCCGAGGAAGUGUUUCAUCGAUACUUUCAAUUGCAUCGCAUAAAAGUUGUCCGUCUAGUACAUCCUUUUUCGGCAAUAUUUUUACUUUGUCUGAUUGGAUUCCUGUUUGUCUACGAAUUAUGCUAUGUUUUGCCGGAAAUAACCGAUCCCCAUGGGAUUGGGCACAAAUUAUGCUGGUGUUUGGGAAUUUAUACAGUCCUUAACAUAUUGGGCAACUGGUGCCACGGCUUUAUGAGCAAUACUUCAGUUGAGGGUUUGCCUCCGGAUAGACAGCAUCCUGUGACAGGUGAGGCUCACCUGUGGCACUACUGCUCCACCUGCCAAAAGGUGGUGCCACCGAGGUCCUGGCACUGCAGAUUGUGCAACGUCUGCAUUCUGAAGCGGGAUCACCACUGCACCUUCUUUGCCAAUUGCGUUGGCCAUAACAAUCAGAGGUAUUUCCUCGCCUUCUUGUUUCACCUCAGUUUUGGCAGUGGACAGGCGCUCGUCUACAAUGGCAUUUUGAACUGGAAGAAUAAAGCCUUUUUGGUAUCCGAUCCUCUGUUACUAAUAUACCGGGAUCGAACACAAGAUACUGAUUUCAACUGGAAGUACACCAUCGCCAAUCUCUUCAAACUGAAUUUAUUCCUUUUUGUGGUCCCCGUCGGUAUGUUCAUAUUUCAAAUGAUAAUGGUCCAUCGGAACAGUACAUGCUAUGAGAUACUCGAUCGCAGCUAUGAUGUUGGUUGGCGAAGAAACAUGGAUAUGGUCCUGGGUAAGCGGCGUUUCUGGAUUUUUUUCUCGCCAACGAUCGCAAGUCCUCUUCCUACCGAUGGCACCCGAUGGUGCCAGAAGCAGAUAGUGUAAAUUCUAUUUGUAAAAUAUUGUAUAUUAUAAAGCAAACAAAUUCG